AUGUGUAAGAGCAUACAAAGAUUUUUAGAAUAUAGGAAUGGCUUCAUCAUCCAUGAAAAAUCUCCAACAACAAAUAAUAAUCAUGAUGAACAACAUCGAAAAUUAUUUAUUGGUGGAUUGAGUUAUACCACUGCUGAUGAUAAAUUAAAAGAAUAUUGUUUAAAAUACGGUGAAAUAACUGAAUGUACUAUUAUGCGGGAUCGCGAAGGUCGAUCGCGUGGCUUUGCAUUUGUUAGUUUUAAAGAUCGUGCAAUGGUUGAUAAUUUUAUGACGCAACGACCUCAUACCAUCGAUGGUAGACAAACCGAACCGAAACGUGCCAUGCCCCGAGAUGAAGCAUCAAGACCAGAAGGACAAUUAACAGUUAAGAAACUUUUUAUUGGAGGUGUCAAAGAAGAAGUAAUCGAAGAUGAUCUGAAAACUUAUUUUCAAAAGUUUGGCCCCAUAGUUGAGUGUAAGAUUAUGAAGGAUAAAGAAGAUAAACCUCGCGGUUUUGCAUUUAUAACAUACGACGAUUAUGACUCGGUCGAUUGUUGUAUACUGGAGAAACCUCAUGUAAUCAAUGGUAAAGAACUAGAUGUGCGUAAAGCAAUUCCACGCGACCAAACUUCACGUCCAAAUGCUUUUCUAUUCAAUACAAAUAUUGAUUUUUAUCAACCACCAAAUCGUUAUCAACCUCAAUUAAUGGUCAAUCAUCCUGCACUGCCUCCUCCUCCAUUUUCGCCCUAUGCAUUUUUUCCUCCAUCACAUUAUCUCUCCAAACCCAUGCCGCUAAUGAGUACAACGAAUUCAUGUUCCCAACCAGGUUCAAUGCCACCGCCGCCAACAUUUCUCCUACCACCGGAAAUGGCAACGAAUACCCUUUUUCGUAACCAAACAUUUCCUUCGCCACCACCGUCAACUUCAUCCACAGCACGAACAAAUAAUACCACGAAUAACAAUAAUAAUACCAAUCCUAAUGCACAAAAUCAAAAUGGCAACAAAACGAGACUGAAUAAUGAUGUGCAGUCACCACCAAACGAUGUAUCAAAGAACCCUCAAGUUACUACAAACAAUCCUGAUCUGGUCAAUUAUUCAACACCGAUGAAAUCAAAACCACGAUUACAACGUUACCUUGGUUCGACAUAUGAUGUUAAAUCUGAGCAACACCGCAAAUUGUUUAUUGGGGGAUUAUCGUUCAAAACUACCGAUGAAACAUUGAAAGAAUAUGUGACGAAAUAUGGCGAAGUCAGUGAUUCACUAGUAAUGAAAGAUCAAAAUGGUCAAUCACGUUGUUUUGGUUUUGUCACUUUUACUGACCCACAAGUCAUUGAUGAAUUUAUGAAACAACGACCACAUAUUCUCGACGGCCGUCAGAUUGAUCCAAAACGAGCAAUGCCACGUGAAGAAGCAAAUAACGAUGAAGUUCAUUUAACAGUUAAAAAGAUCUUUAUCGGUGGUAUACGCGAUGGAUUGGAUGAAGAUGCGUUAAGAAAAUAUUUCGAAAAGUAUGGCCGUGUGAACGACUGCUUUCUAAUGCAUGAUAAAGAUGGUAAAACACGUGGCUUUGCAUUUUUGGAAUUCGAUGACUUUGAUUCUGUUGACAAAGUUAUCUUAAAUCGCCCACAUAUCAUUGGUGAAUAUCGCGUGGACGUUAAAAAAGCCGUGCCCAAAGAUCAACGCCAAUUACAAACUCAACAGCAACAACUUCAAUUACAACAACAGCAACAACAAUACGCUCUCCAAAUGCAAGCGGCAGCUGCCUAUCAAUAUUAUUAUAAUCAUUCACCGUACAAUCUGUUGACUAAUACUGCUUGUACGCUUCCAAUAUCAUCUGCUCCGUCGUUGAUGACGCAUAAUGGUAAUACUGGUGCUGGUCUAGAUGAUAUUUUUUCUCAUCUGCGAACAUCGAACAAUACAACUAAUAUCUCGAAUUCUCUUCGUUAUAUUCCUACACGCAAUAAUCGUCGACAAUCAUCACGUGGUAGUCAAUAA